AGACCACCUUCAGGAAACGUUUUCGAUUUCCGGCCAAAGCUUCCACCUUCUCGUCCUUUGUUUCUCCAAUCGUCAAUAACUUGUAGCCGGCCAAAUCGCAUCACGGAGCGCUUCAAUCUCUGUCGACCAUGCUGCGGAGGUCCAUAUUGGAAAUAUCUUAUCGUCGGUCGGUGGGAAGGAUUUCACCGCGAACAACUCCUCAGAUACCUUUGUAUCUUUUUUCUAGGAAGGAAUUCUCUGUUGCACCUCAGUCAAAUUCAUCCAAGCCAUCAGGUUCAACAGGAAAACCACCAGACUCUGGAAGCAAUUUGUCCAAAGUUUUUAUAGGAAGUUUAGCCAUAGGUGCUGCUGCCCUAACAGCUUACCAGACCGGCUACUUAGAAACAUUUCUCACCAAAGAACAAAAUAAUGAUCUCAAUACGCAUGAAAUCCCCAUUGUCCAUGAAGAACCUCAACAGCCAAAGACUGUUAAUGGAGAUUUGCAUGAUGGUGAAACUGUAGAACCAGUUGCUGUUCAAAAUGUUCAAGAGUCUGAGGUUUCAAAUCCAACUGUUGAGCAUGGUGAAAAAAACAUUCAUAUUGAUCCAUACUAUAGCAGAAGGGAAGAAGAAGCUCAGUCUGAAUUAAAGGAAUUACCAAUAUCAAAACCCCAUGAUGCUAUUUCUGAGCAGGAGAGUAAGUUGCCUAGCUUGGACCAUAGCAUCUCAACUGCUCAUGAUUCAAGUUUUGAUUCAAUACCAUUGAUUCAAGAGGAUCUUGGCACAAAAAACCAAGACGUGAAGCCUACUAUAGAACGCCACGAGGGAGUUCAAAUCACCUCAAUACCGACUCAGGUUGCUCCAGUUAUUGAAGAAAAUAUGAUCAAGUCUGAGCAGCCUCAGCAGCUAGGCACUAUAAAUAUGCCGGAGCGUAUCCUCAGCAAUGAUGUCAAAGAGCCAAAUUCCCUUCUUGAUGCAUACCUUUUAAGAGGUAAGGCCGAACAAACUGCUGCAGCUUCUUCAUAUCUACAUAAGGAUAUAGCUGAGACUGUGAAAGGUACUAACGACGUUUACGUGUCAAAGGAUGGAAAAGUAGUUCUGGAUUUAUUGGAAGCUAUUCACACAGCUGAAAGAAGGCAGGUGGAUUUGGAUGCACGUUUUUUUUCUGAAGAGAAGAAGUUGAUGAAGGAGAAAUAUGAAAAGGAGCUAAAAGAUGCAAGAGCCCGGGAGCUCAUGUAUGCUGAAAGGGAGACAAUUUUGGAUAAGGAGUUACAUAAAGAAAAGCUAAAAGCAGCUGCUGCUCUCAAGUCACUUCAGGAAAUGUUAGAAGAGGAGUUCAGAAUGGAGAUCGAAAGGAAGGAAUCUGAAACAGAAUUUGAGCUGAACAAAUUAAAGGAUUUAGCAAAAGCAGAAUUGACUGCAGGAAUUGCAAGUGAGAAGGCUUCGCAAAUUGAAAGGAUGGAGGAGGCAAAUCUCAAUAUAAAUGCUCUAUGUAUGGCCUUCUACGCAAGAUCUGAAGAGGCACGUCAGAGUCAUUCUGUUCACAAGCUUGCACUGGGUGCUCUUGCACUGGAAGAUGCUCUGUCUAAAGGGUUGCCUAUACAGAAAGAAAUAGAUGCUCUUAACAGCUACAUUGAUGGAAUUGAUAAAGACUCACUAUUAGGUUUGGUCAUGGCGUCCCUUCCUGAAGAUACUCUGAAAAAUGGGACGGAUACCAUAUUGCAGUUGAAUCACAAGUUUGAUGGAUUGAAAGGGACUCUCCGACACUUCAGCCUAAUGCCUCCAGGUGGUGGUGGCAUUUUGGCGCAUUCUUUGGCUUAUAUUGCAUCUAAUUUAAAGGUGAAGGAAGCUGACAAAUCUGGUGAUGGGAUUGAGUCGUUAAUAAAUCGAGUGGAGAGCUUGUUAGCUGAUGGGAAACUUUUGGAAGCCGCAGAAACACUUGAAGACGGUCUAAAAGGCAGCCAGGCUGCAGAAGUUGUGGGUGAUUGGGUCCAACAAGCAAGGAAUCGGGCUAUCACUGAGCAAGCCCUCACUCUCCUUCAGUCUUAUGCUACAUCCGUAAGCCUUAGUUAAAUCGCCAUACAUAGAGCACCCUUUAGCUUACACAUAUUCGGCCAUCUUUGUGAAUAAAGGGGAUGGAUUUUCCACCAUCUUGGUAGCCCCAAUAUAUUUCAACUUUCUGGGGUUUUACUUGGGAGUUAUUGAGCUGAAAACCACUUUGGUUGGGGAAUAUUUUUGCCAAUAAACUUGCUUUCAUGCUUUGAAUUGCUAGAAAAUAGAUGAGCCAAGUUACUACUAUACUGACUUGUACUUGUAAUGAAAGUUGCACAUUGCAUUGCUCUU